AUGAAACAUCUACCAAAUACUUUCAACUCUGUUGUGUCGGGUGAAUUCAUCUAUGUAUUCGGAGGAUCUGGUUCAGAGAGAACUUGUCAUAGGUUAUCCGUUAAAACGCGUGCACUCAUCACCGAAGAGAUGACAGGAAUCAAAGGUGGAACUAAGAUAUCGGUUUGUUGCGACGGUGAAGAUCAUAUCUAUUUGGUUGGUGGAUUUGAAAAUGAUCGCUUGGCCAGAGUCGAUCGAUACAAUAUCAGGACAAACAAGUUUGAGAGACACGGUGAAUUACGAUUACCUUGCUACUUCCUGGUGUCUUUUGUCUAUAAUGGCAAACUCUAUAGUAUUCCACAGUAUGGUCCUGAUCUGGUUAUCUACGAUAUUGCAACCAAAAAAUCAGAGACUCAUACCCCACCUCAUCUGUUUAGUGCCAGUAUGUCAGCUUGUACCGUUUGUAAAAAGUCUGCCAAAUAUCAUACCUCAAAGAGUAUCUGUGAUUCUUAA